AUGGGCAUCAGCCACCAAGUCUGUGAGAAAAAACAGACACGCAGAGCGCCACUGCAGCGGAGUCGCAGUCACGCUCAGAUCGUUGAGGAGGAUGAGCACUUGGACAGGAGGAUUUCCAUUAGGAAGUCUCUGUUAUUGGCCGUCGAUGGGGGGCACCAACUCCUGGAGCGCCGUGUAAAGCGAAACUAUUCUCCUUCCGACAAGAGCCACGUGUGUUUGACUGUCCAUGGUCACACAAGGCCGUCCCUUAAGAGCCUGAUUUACCGUCCGAGUCACACGCCACAUCCAGCCCAUAAAUCAGCUUCGACUCAGCAGAUGUUCAGCACCUAA